AUGAAAAAUAAAGAAAUAUUUGUUUUUUUGGGGGGGUUUGAUGUAAACAAAGGAUUUAUUCUUACAGCCUUGUCACUGGGCCCUCGGUGUCUGAGCUGUAGCGGAGUACCCAUCCUAACAGAUUGUAACAAUAUUGUGGAGUGUGGAAAUGGAGAGGGAUGCUAUACACGGAAAGUUACUACAGACGUUGGGACUAUUGUGUACGAAGCGGGUUGCAUCAGUAUGCAAGUCUGUAAUAUUCUGAACAUUCUUGGAAAAAAUUCCGGAUUGGGAAAAAGAGACAUUACAAAUUGUUACGAAUGCUGUUCUGGCGGAAACCAAACCGAUGCCGGAAGUACUCCAUGUAAUACACACCUGUGUGGAAUAGGUGAUCGACCGGAAGAAAAAUGUUACCAGUGUGCAGAUGUUCUAGAUCCUUUAGAUUGCAGAACUACUGGGUACUGCAACCUGGACGAGCAAUGUUUUACAGAGAAGAAGACUGAUCACGCAACAGGAGAGGUUCGAUUUCACCUGGGAUGUCAGAAUAACAGGGUAUGCUCUUCACUAAGUCUCUACCCCUCUCUACCACACUCCGGCAGCUGUAACGAGUGCUGUGAUCAUGAUUACUGCAAUAUAGGACUUUGUGGUCUGGCUUUAUUGGGAAAACCUCACUUUAUAACGAAGCCGGAUAACUUCACAGUUGAUCCGGCCACAAGUGUCACACUUAGAUGUGCGGCGGAUCCAAAGACAAACGCUACCAUUAAAUGGUCUUUUGAACCGCUUGUGAAUGGUGUAUCAACUUCUCCAAAUGGUAUUACUCUCAGCAACCAACCCUCCUUGACAUUGUCAGCGGACGUGACAUCUUUUGGCACGUACACAUGCACUGCUACAAAUGUAAACGGUUUCAUAACAGCAAAAGGAUACAUUCAGCCGAAAUUUCAUAGCACAACAACUACAACAAUCAAGCCCACUACCACAACAACCACGCCCCCUACUACAACAACUACGCCCACUACCACAACAACCACGCCCACUACCACAACAACCACACCCACUACUACAACAACCACGCCCACUACUACAACAACUACGCCCACUACCACAACAACCACGCCCACUACUACAACAACCACGCCCACUACUACAACAACACCCACUACCACCACAACUAUGCCUACGACAUCUUGUCCACAUGGUUGUUGUGACAAAGACGCACGUUGUAGUGAUUUUACAUUUGUAUCUACGAUCUGUCUUGAUCCCUCUAGGGGACACCUUUGUGAGAAAACCUGUGGACUGUGCUCUCACACACCUGCACAUACAACAAAGCCCCCUUGUAUUGAUACAGAUCCGAGAUGUUCUGAUUUUAGUUUUGUGGCUGUUGCUUGUUUAGACAAUCAGCAAGCUAAGACUUGCCCAAAAGUAUGUGGAAUAUGCUAG